AUUGUAGGGAGAGUCUCAAGACACUAAAUCUAGUUCUUAUCAGGAAAGAGAUGAAAUUUUUCUUUUGCUUUUGCGUGACUUGGCUUUCUCUGAGACAGUCCAAGUGUGAGUCACUCAAUGAGUCUACACCUGCGCAGCUGAAAAGCAAACUUAGCCCUUAAACACAGCUCAAAUCUCCGCACUGGGCAUGUGGCAAAGAACUCCCAGAAAGAUGUGGCUGAUUUCCCUGGUUAUCUGCUCCUUCAUUGCAUUCACAACUCAGGGGCCACAGUUCUCAGCGCCUAUAGUGGACACUAAAUAUGGGAAAGUUGAAGGCAAACAAGUGAUACUACAAGAAUUUGACAAAUCUGUCAAUGUUUUCCUGGGAGUCCCCUUUGCCAAAGCCCCUCUUGGACCCUUAAGGUUUGCUCCACCCCAGCCACCUGAGCCCUGGGACUAUUUGAAGAGCACCACUACAUACCCACCCAUGUGUGCCCAGAAUCCACUUGAAAGGGAAUUUCCGUCGAAACUUUCUGGCAAUCCAAGUAGAAGUUCCUUGAAAAUUUCUGAAGAUUGUUUGUACCUAAACAUUUACACCUCAGCUGACCUGGCAACAAAAGCUAAGUUACCUGUGAUGGUGUGGAUCCAUGGAGGAGCUUUUUUGGUGGGUGGUGCUUCAGCUUUGGAGGGCACGUACCUCUCAGCUCUUGAGAAUGUUGUUGUAGUGGCCAUUCAGUACCGUCUGGGAAUCUUUGGAUUCUACAGUACUGGAGAUGAACAUGCUCGAGGGAACUGGGGUUACUUAGACCAAGUGGCUGCACUCCAAUGGGUCCAGAAGAACAUUGUCAACUUUGGAGGAGACCCGAACUUGGUGACCAUCUUUGGUGUGUCAGCAGGAAGUAUGAGUGUUUCAGCACUGGUUCUUUCUCCUUUGACUAAAAACCUCUUCCAUCGAGCCAUUUCCCAGAGUGGAGUUGCCAUUAUGGAAUCCAUGUUUGUUUCUAACAUCAAAUCAACGGCUGAGAAAAUUGCAGCCUUUGCUGGGUGUAAAACAACCACUUCAGCCAGUAUGGUUCAUUGCCUGCGGCAGAAGACAGAAGAAGAAAUCCUGAAUGCAGCUCUAAAGAUGGGACUAUUCAGCGUGAAUUUUGUGGGAGACCCCACACAGAACAUUGUAUUGCCUCCUACAGUUGUGGAUGGAAUAUUUUUCCCCAAGAGUCCCAAAGACCUCCUCACUGAAAAGCAGUUCAGUCGUGUCCCCUAUAUUGUGGGAUUCAACAGCAAUGAAUUUGGCUGGAUUCUUCCAACUCUGCUGGGAUAUCCUCUAUCAGGAGACAGUCUGGACCAAGAGACAGCAACAGCUCUAUUAUAGUCCUACCCACUUUUUAAAAUCCCCAAAGACCUUACUCCUGUGAUGACUGAGGAGUAUCUUGGAGUGACAGAAGAUCCUGUAAAAAAGAAAAGCCUAUUUCAGGACAUGAUGGGAGACUUGAUGUUUGGGCUUCCAUCCAUAAUAGUGGCUCAAUUUCACAGAGCUUCGGGUGCACCUACCUAUAUGUACGAAUUUCAGCAUCGGCCAAGCUCUUGGGGAAACCUGAAACCAGUGACAAUAAAGGCAGACCAUGCGGAUGAAGUUUUCUUUGUCUUUGGGAUUCCAUUUCUAAUGGAGAGUUUCUCAGAAGAGGAGAAGCAGCUUAGUAGAACAAUGAUGAAAUAUUGGGCCAACUUUGCUCGGAAUGGAAACCCCAAUGGUGAAGGCCUGCUAAAGUGGCCUGUAUAUGAUGAGAAUGAAGAGUAUCUUCAAAUUAACAUCACCAUGAAGACAGCCACAAAGCUAAAGGAAAAGGAACUAGCAUUUUGGAAUAAGCUCUUCUCAGAGAAGCCAGUUGAAGUGAAAAGAGAGAUUACAGAGUUAUAAUUUGAAAGGUCCAUUAUUUCUCUUUCACAAGAAGCCUCUAUGAAACAUGAAAACAAUAUCUUUCAGAAUUAAGAUGGGUGUCUGGUUAUUUUGUGUUUGGAGGACUUUUCAACAUGAAGGUGGAGGGGACAAAUGGAACCAGCCAGACAUCAACAUAUUGGGCAAUUAUUAAGAGUUAAGGGCCCCACAGCUCUCACACAAGGGGAAAACAUACCAUUGCUUUCUUUUUAGAAUGCUUGGAAGAACUAGUUUUCCUUGGGUGGAGUUUGCUUAUGGUUAUGUUAAAUGAAAUCUACUUUAUUUGUGAUUCUUCCUACCUAUGCCAGGAUUUUAGUCUUAUCCAUGGAAAUAAAUAAGUCCACAUUUGAAAUAAAAUUUAGUGCAUACACGAAUUUUAAUUAGGACCCCUCUCUACCACAUUCUUUUUCAAGGAUAAAGUGGAAGUUGACACUUUCAAAGAUACAUCAAAGAAUCUUUAUCAUACCAUGUUACUCAGUUUAAUCAAAAAAUACAGUCCCAUCUCUUACACAAUCCAACUUAAGUUCCUUGAAGGCAUAUGAAUCAUUCCUUGUCUAUCAUGCAUUGCCUUAUUCUUUUUUAUCCUGUACUAUAUUUCUAUCCUAUACCCCAAAACUCUCUACCCAUAGAGACAGAGCUCUCAUGCCACAUACCAUAACCAAGUCCUACAAUCACUAUAGCACACUAAUGCUUACCUUUCUGCCUUUCUUCCUCUUUCUUUAUUCUGCUUCUUAUUACUGUUCCUCUUAUUAUUCUUGUUCCCCUACUUCAAUUUUAUUUUCUAUAACUUUUUUCUAUCUUUUAAAAUAUUUUUUUCUAUUUUUAUUUAAUCAAUCAGUAAACAUUUAUUCAAUGCUGAUGAUAUAUCAGGCUGUAUUUUGAAUGCUAUGGCUAGUAAUAAAAGUCAUGUCCAUCCCAGGCACCAUGUGUGCAGAGCUUUACUGGAAAUGCACAAGGGCCCCACAGACAUUAAUCUAUGUGACAUGUGUGAUGAAUGUAUUAAUAAUUUAGAUUCCUCAGAGCUCCCUCAUCAGCCCUGGGAGUCAGAAGCUUAUAAUGCAUCUUGAAAUGAUUAAUAAAACCCUUGACAAAACUCUCACAA